AUGAACAGCACAGGCCCACCCAGGCUCUUGGACCUUGUAACCCAGAGUCUGCUGCAGGUGGAAGCCUGGGCCAUUGCGGCUCUGGAGUCACUGCCGACAGAACUCUUCCUGCCCUUGUUCACAGAUGCUGUGGCUGGGAGACACAGCGAGACUCUGAAGGCAAUUGUGCAGGCCUGGCCUUUCACCCACCUUCCCCUGGGGGCUCUGAUUAAGGCUCAGCAGCCUCACCAGGACAUCUUAAAAGUUGCACUGGAUGGGCUCGAUGUCCUGCUUGCCCAGAAGAUCCGCCCCAGGAGAUGGAAACUGAAAGUGCUGGAUUUACGGGUGAAUGCCAACACCAUCUUCUGGAACAUAUGGUCUGGAAUCUGGGACUGGUCCUCUGUGUGCUCAUUCGAGGGGCCAGAGGCCACCCAGCCUAAGACUAAGAGGCAAAAAGUGGACGAUUCCAGGAAGGAGGAAAAGCAACUCUUGGCCCCUGUGCAAGUGCUCCUAGAAGAGCUUUGCCUCCAGAAAGCCACCCCGGAUGAAUUCCUCACCUUUCUCAUGAAGAGUGCCAAGCAGAGAAAAGGUCUGCCACACCUGUGCUGUAGGAAGCUGGAGUUUGUUGAUAUGCCACUCGGACAUCUUCGGAAGAUCCUGAAAAUGGUGCAGCUGGACUGUGUCCAGGAGGUAGAAGUGAAUGGCUCCUGGGACCUGUUCACCCUGGCCAGAGCAAGUCACCUGAAGAAGAGCUGCUUGGCCUCUCGAUGCACCUUAGAAGAAGAGCCAUUCCAGGGUGAGGAAGAGCCUCAGCCUUGGUCCCUGGAAAAUUUCCCCAAAGCAGCCAGACGAAGGCACACAUCCAUCACCAGCUCUCAAAGGAGUCUCCUAGUUGAAGACUUUGAGAGGAACCGAUAGCCUGGUAUGGAGGCCAGGGAAGAACUGACUCAAUGAAUGGACCUUCCAGAAUCCCGAGUUCACUUAUGGUUUCAGAACCGAAGAACUCGAAACCCAGUGCAGAGCACAAGUGCGCCGGUGAAGUCCUUGGCAGAGAACCCAACUCAUGGGAUGCUUCUACUUGACCGAAGCAACCUGUCCUGUGUCCAGAGCAUGCCUCAUUGUGGCCUACCCUCCUAUCCCUCCAGCAGCAACCAAGCCAUCCUCCCUCUUCUCCUGGAGUCCCACACACCCUUUGUUGCUUCGCAUCCCACAGGCUGUGUCAGCCAAGAACCAGGUGUCAUGAUGGUCCCGCCCAACCUGGCUGGGCAGACAGCAGAGACCUCUCAUGCCCUGGGGACGGGUCUAAAUCACGUGCCAACAGAAUCAACCGUGGGAAAGAGGCUGUCAGAUACUCAGACUCCUUCCUGGCCCCAAUACCCAGGACAUGACCAGGAUCCCAGCCAACACACUGUCUCGGCAGGAUUGCGCACCCAAGACUCUCCUCAGCCUGAGAAUCCAAAGAAGGAGGGGCAGGUCCUGGCUCAGCAAGGCCCACCUCGCUUCAUGCACUGGGGCUGUGAGGUGGCCCAGGGUGUGAUGGCCAGAUGGGAACCUACCCAAGAGACACUUCAGCAGCCCGGACACCCUGAGAAACACCUGUGGCAAGAGCCGGCACGAUCAGCUCAAGGCUCAUCUCGUCCACUGGACCAAGACUGUCUAGAAACCAUGAGCCUUUUCAAUGAACUCCUCUCCACUACAGAUUUUCAGGAAAAGACCCAAGCCUUUCUGAACGUGGAUUCACAGGAGGAGGCCCCUCUGCAACUCCAACUCUCCCUUGGCAACACUGACUUUCAGGCUCUGCUGGAUGUGCUGCAAGACUCUCCAGGGCUUCCGAUUUAG